AUGCCUCGUCCCCAGCAACCUCCGACACCUGCCUCUUCGACAGAGAUCAAGGGCAAGGAUGGAUCACAAUUCUCAACUCUGCAAAUGUCUUUCGAACUUCCACCUCCUGCUGUAGCAGGAUCCGAGUCCCAACCUUCAAGCGCAUCUUCAACGAAGUCCUCCUCAGCCUCCUCAUUCCACCCCACCUCUCCGACGUCUCCUGCAAUUCCUGCAAGUGAAGUGGUAAAGAUUCGUCGCCGUUCCUCUGCCGUACAAGCUUCAGCGACGAAAGAUGUCUUUGCUCUGCCACCUCCGCCUACAAGAUCGCGAAAGAUUAUACAGAUGAAGCCUCGCGGACAGCAGGAGGAAGAAGAAGCGUACACUGAUGCUCAGAAACCUACUGCUGGCAAGGCGGCUGCGACAGCGCCGAAGAAGAAACAACCAUCUUCCACGAGUGUUGCUGGCAGAAAGAUAGCAAGGAAAACAGCACAUAGUCUCAUUGAGCGCCGGAGAAGAUCCAAGAUGAAUGAGGAGUUUGGUAUCUUGAAGGACAUGAUACCAGCUUGUACGGGAGAGAUGCAUAAGCUGGCUAUUCUGCAGAAUAACCGAACCAAUACAACCCCCAAUAGCGAGCAUUUUGUCCUUCCUACACCCGCGAGUCGAGGUUCUUACGGCAAUGCCCGUCAGUACCAGCCAUAUGAGGAAAACGAGGAUGUUGAGAUGGAAGGUUCAGUUCAAGCGUCACCAGCUUAUUCUACACCAGUCCCGAACUCCAACCGUCCAUCGGCAUCUCCAGCACUUCUGCCUCAAGAUUCCCGCAAUCGUCAAGAUUCAUACUCAUCUGUAUCAACAGACCACCGUCAUUAUAGCUUCAGCACAUCUAACACAACAUCACCAGCUCUUGGUCCAGCGGCCUACGACUACGCUCGUAGUGCUGCUUCCGUCGGAUCGGCGUUGACGAGUCCUGCAUUGUUGCCACAACGAGAUUUGGAUCAGGAAGCAACAGCUGCGCUGUUGAUGCUCAAUACCGAUCGUAGAGGAACUCAGGGUAGCCUCAGUGGGCGAGGAAUGAGUGUCAAAGAUCUUCUCAGUGCUUAA